AUGAAAACUCUCUCAAUCUUUCUAUUUGUUCUUAGCAUCUGCAUGAUUAGCCAUGUAUACGGUGCCGGAUUCAAGAUCUCAAAUGAACUUAAAUUCAAGAAAAAACUUUGGUUUACUUGUUACUCCGGAGACAACAGAAUAGCUCCACGAAUACUAGAACCCGGAGAAAGUUGGGACACAACUUUUAAUACUAACAUUUGGGGGACAACACGGUUCAUGUGUACGUUGAAACAAGGGCCUAAUUAUAGACAUCAUCAGAGCUUUACAGCAUUUAAACAGUUUAGUGCUUCGGAUAGUGGAGGCACGUGGGAUUGGAGAGCCAGAGAAAAUGGCAUCUAUUUAAAAGUGUGGGAUGGUGGCAAACAUGCGCGAGGCGAGAUCAAUAUGCAUAGAAAGUAUGGUUGGAUAAAUUAG